AUGUCUGUACAUUAUACAGUAUAUGCAAUCAAAUGAGCAUUUGUGUGAAUGUCUGUCAGCCUUGUGAUACACACUGGCUUCUGGCUUUUAGAAGAGGGGAGGGGAGAGAAAAGGGUACGGAAGAAGAAAAGGAAAGAGAGGGAGGCUUGAGAGAGAGAGAGAGAGAGAGAGAGAGAGAGAGAGGAUGGGAUCAGGGCGCUCUCAGGUCCUGAUGCUGUUUAUGCUUUAACCUUGGUUGCUACGGAACUGCAGCAGGGUCUGCCCCUCCUGCAUUAUUAUUGGCUCUCUGCAGCGACUACAAAACAUGUACUUUCAAUAUUAGCCAAUGGCACACCACUACCUCUCUUUGCUACCUUUCUCUCUUAAAGGAAUAGGAUCAUUUUCUCAUUUUUGUUAUUGCACUAAAAUGGCCGGGGUUCCAAUAUGCAGUACUGUUCUUCUUUUUCGUCCGUGUAGUUGUACAGAGUGUACAUAGCCAACAGAUGGAAAGAAGGAAACUGUUGUAUACCAGGGGGAUGGAUGGUGUGUGUGUGUGUGUGUGUGUGUGUGUGUGUGUGUGUGUGUGUGUGUGUGUGUGUGUGUGUGUGUGUGUGUGAUUUGACAGAGACAGAGUGCUUAUGCAUUUUUGGGAUGAAAAUCAGCAAAGAUAUACGCACCAAGCCAUUCAUGGAGAAAUCAGCAUAAACCUCAGAGUCCUUCACAAACAAACACACACACACACACACACACGCACACACACACACACACACUGACAUGCCCUCUGCUGCACAUGCGCAAUCAAGAGUGCAUACUCGCACACUCACCCCACACAAACACACACACAUGCACGCUCCCGUCAGAAGAGGCUGAUUAGCUUGCAAGAGCUGUCUACAGCAUCCAGGGAGACAGAGCUGAAGACACAGAAACAGGCAGCGGUGGAUCGGCUAGCCAGACACAUCUGUGUGUGGAUUCAAGCAGUUGGUGCUCUAAAGGGAGGCAACAGCGCAGGACGGACAGGAGCUGCUGCUUAAGCUCUUUGCUGGAACAGGAUCGGUGCACACCGUGGCAACGUGGGGCCCGACUCAGAGCUCCACUGUGGGGGAGGGGCAACAGACCCAAGGACAGCGAGCGAAAGACAAGCUGUUUUUCCAGACCCCUGAUUGAAUAGAAUUGCUAAAGGCCCUGGCUCUAUUUUCAUUUCCUUGUUUCCUUCAUUUGUAUUGCUUGUCUGUUUGGGAUCAAGUGUUCCUGUUAGUAGGCAGCUGGCUGUGUUGUUUUGCUCCAUCCUAUCCUGUCAUCACAUUCGCUCUUUCCGUCUCAUCCGUCGUCGUCAUUCUGGUCUCACUCACCUUUCAGUCUUCCCACACCUCCAUCCUCACACUUUUUCACUACGCUGUCUCUAUCCUGCUGUCCACUGCCUUCUCCUCCCCGUGCCCUUCAGACGGUCUGCCUUUUCCGGAAUUCUCCAUCUUGGUCCACUCCUCUCCUCUACCCCUCCCCACACGGUUGGAUUUGGGUCAGCUCUGCUCCUUUUCUGGGAUGCAAUGUAGCCCUCUCGGACAGCGGAUCCAGGCGGCUCCUGGAGAGCCGUUUACAAUUCACCCUGCGCCUGACACCUGCAUGUAAAGCGCUAGGGAACGAUAAACAGAGAGGAAGAAUCCUUGGGUGCCUGGACUCUUGCCAAUCCACACUCUGGAGUGGCCUGGCGGGGCUGGCUGUGGCCUCAGCAAGCACACCCUGACUGCGCCCGCAUGCCGCUGGGGUACAAGUGCUGCACCGGCCCCGCUGCACUACUGUGCCUCCUGCCUGUGCCAGCGGCCUGUGCCGCCGGUCUCACUCAGCAUGGGUGUGGUGGAGGCCAUCGAGCCGGCCACCUCACCUGGACCUUCACCUGGCCCUGCAGCCUACAGGCUGCCCCACUCCUCCAGCUACAGCACCCUGCAGGGGAGAGGAGGGGCAGAGCUGGAGCUGGGGGCGGUUGGAGGGCUGGAGGGAGGAGGGCAGGCCACCGAACGCAGAAGCCCCUUGAUGGAUCUGUUCUGUGAGACCUGCUCCAAACCCUGGCUCAUUGGCUGGUGGGACCAGUUUAAGAGGAUGCUAAACCGGGAGCUGUCUCAUCUGUCUGAGAUGAGCCGUUCAGGGAACCAGGUGUCUGAGUACAUCUCUACUACCUUCCUAGACAAGCAAAAUGAUGUGGAGAUCCCAUCCCCGACGUUGCGGGAGCGUGAGAAACCCAUGUGCCAUAUCAGUGGUGUGAAGAAGCUGACACACAGCUCCAGCCUGACCAGUAAGGCUCUGCCACGAUUUGGGAUCAAGACUGAGCAUGAGGACUCGCUGGCCAGGGAGCUGGAUGACUUAAAUAAGUGGGGCCUUAAUAUUUUCCAAGUGGCUGAGUUUUCCAAUAACAGACCUCUGAGUUGCAUCAUGUUUGCCAUCUUCCAGGAGCGUGAUCUGUUGAAGACUUUUCGUAUCCCUGUGGAUACAUUCAUUACCUAUGUGAUGACACUAGAGGAUCAUUACCACGCCAAUGUGGCCUAUCACAACAGCUUGCAUGCGGCUGACGUCACGCAGUCCACACAUGUGCUGUUAUCAACUCCGGCACUGGACGCUGUCUUCACUGAUCUGGAAAUUCUGGCUGCGUUGUUUGCUGCUGCCAUCCACGAUGUGGACCAUCCUGGAGUUUCCAAUCAAUUUCUCAUUAAUACCAAUUCAGAGCUGGCUCUGAUGUAUAAUGAUGAGUCAGUUCUAGAAAACCAUCACCUAGCUGUGGGUUUCAAGCUCCUCCAUGAAGACAACUGUGACAUCUUUCAGAACCUGAGUAAACGGCAACGCCAGAGCCUGCGCAAGCUGGUUAUCGACAUGGUACUGGCAACAGACAUGUCCAAGCAUAUGAGUUUGCUGGCUGAUCUAAAGACCAUGGUAGAGACUAAGAAAGUGACAAGCUCAGGAGUGCUACUGCUUGAUCAUUACACUGAUCGCAUACAGGUUCUGAGAAACAUGGUGCACUGUGCUGACCUUAGCAACCCCACUAAGCCUCUGGCAGUGUACCGGCAGUGGACGGAGCGCAUCAUGGAGGAGUUUUUCCGGCAGGGAGACAAGGAACGUGAACGUGGGAUGGAGAUCAGCCCCAUGUGCGAUAAACACACUGCAUCUGUGGAAAAGAGUCAGGUGGGCUUUAUUGAUUAUAUCGUGCACCCUCUGUGGGAGACAUGGGGAGACCUAGUGCACCCUGACGCUCAGGAUAUCCUGGACACCCUUGAGGACAACCGGGACUGGUACCAGAGCACUAUCCCCCAGAGCCCCUCACCCCCUCCAAUCACAGACAAUGAGCUUGACUCCUGCACAAACAAGUUUCAGUUCCAGCUUACCUUGGAAGGUGAGCCAGCUGAGGAGGCUGGACCCAACCACAAUCAUAUAGGUGGCACUGAGCAGGAGGUGCCAAAGGAGCUGAAUGAAGAAGAGAAUCCUGGGGGAGGACAUGAUGAUGGUGGUGGAGAGGAGGCAGUGGCAGCAGAGAGGGGGGGGAGAAGGCGACUGCAGGUUCAGUCAGUGGUGGAGGAAGAAGAUGAGGAAAGACAUUCAGAUGGGAGUCCAGUAGAGGAGGCAGAGGACGAAGAGGAGUCAUCUUUCUCCCCUGCUGACGAUACGUGAGGCUCAGUAGCUGUCAGGAAUAACGCAGGAGUGCAGGUGGUCCCACAAGUACUUUCUUUUUCUCUGUACCUUACCCUCUACUUCAUGGCCAUACCAUGAACAAAACAAUAUUUCUGCACCAACUCAAUAAAAUGAUUAAUUUUAUUUUUCCAACAAAAAAAAGAGGAAAGAAAAUAAUAUUAUCAGAGAAGUAAUUCACACAGCAACUGUAGAUUUGGAAUGGGUGCUGGGCUCCUUUAUAGCAGAAGGUAAGAGUUGAUGGAUGAAUAUGGAGGAAUGGAGGAAUGCAGUUUUAGUGGUGUUUCAAAAGGGCCAUUUAGACCAUGUAGCACUCUGGAAUUUUGGUAGAUCCCCAUACGUAUGUGCAUUUAUACCAACAUCUAGACGCAAACAUACAUGUACCCACAAAUCAACAAAACAGUUUCAGUCUAAUCUAAUCACAAAAGAUAUGUGCACACACCUGGGGGAACUUUGAAGGAAUUUGGGAUCUCUUUGGAAAAAGCCAUCUUAAAAGGAAUACCAACAAUUUUCCAUCUCAGUAGUUGUCUUAUUGCUCAGAAACAGCUUUUAAUGUAUUCGUAAUAGAGACUGAAAUCCUCGGAAUUUACGCAUUAGUUAAAUCAGAGUGACUUAUUUUCCAUUUCUGUCGGAAAUAAACACAUAAGGACACCUGCUGCAGAGAGGCAGAAGCUUUGGCUGCUGCUGUGGAGGUGGGAGGAUGUGGAAGUGGAAGCAUGAGGAUCAAGUUCAUGUGGCACAAGACUGGACCUGUGGUGCAGGUCUGGCCCCCUUUUCCCUUUACCAGUAGUGCUACCGGUGCGAGAUGGCCACGUGCCUUUCUGAACCAUCAGCUUCAGCUUUGGAGCUGCCGUGAAGCAAUGCAUCGUGGGAUAGUGGUCUACUUUUGUCUUCAUUUCUUGAUUGUUGCUUGUUUCAAGCUCUCUCUCUCUCUCUCUCUCUCUCUCUCUCUCUCUCUCUCUCAGUUGUGCAUGAUUUGCGUGUGUGUUGGAAGCCUUUCUGUCAUUGUGUUGAAAACCUCAUUUUAUUAUGUAAGGUCUUCCUUGGUUGCUUCCGUUCUUGUCGAACAUUAUGGGGACUGAAUUAAGGAAUUAGCCAUGGGAGUUGCUCAUGGUCUACUGUCUCCUAUCACGUUUAAUGCAAACAAGGAUAGUCACUUUUUGAGAAUAAGCCAUGUUAUUCUACGGAAUUUAUGAUUUUUGCCUUCUUUUGAAUUACAUUUCAGGAUGGUCCUGUGAAAAUGGUGGAAAUCACAGAAUCCUUUCAAUAGCAGCACAGAUUCACUUUCACCCGCUCAUAUAAUGCAGCCAUGCUCCAUCAUAGCCAAUACUAUUUUCCAUUUUGGCUUACCAAAGGAAUGGGUGGUAACUUAAACCUCGGCUGAGGGAUGUGAUUGUUGGAGAGUUGCAACUUGAACCAGUGGAACUGAGCACAGGGAGUCACAUGCAGCCAUUAUUAAGUUUGAUGUUUUUAUGCCUUAACACUGCAGGGUUUAUGUAUGUGGCACUAUGCUGACUGUCCUGAGGCUCAUGAGAGAUCCCAGAAUAUUUUUGUCUGUAAACCUUCACUAAAUGUCAACUGUUUUGUCUGCACUAAAACUAAUAGCUAUUUUCAUAGCUCAUGGUUAUUAGAACUCACAAAUCUUCUCACAAAUGUCAAAGUGAAAGGAUCAUAUUUAUGUUUAUCAGGGGCUUUGAAUCUAGGUUGCAGUUAGCCUACAUCAAAAUAAUGGGUUGUCUGUGACUCUGAAUGUAACAGUUGACUGGGAAAUUGUGGGUAUUUUGUGAGAAAACGUCUCCUCUAUGGAUGUGUGGUGACAAGCUGGUUUCUGCUGGUCAGUACCUUAGCUUCAAGUGUGUGCCUGUUGUGACAGAACGUUGAGGUUACACCAAUGCAAAUAUGAUAACAAAAUGCUUGGUUGAGUAAAUAAAAACAUGUGCGUGAUCAGAAAUGAUGGUUUUGGUACCUUGGUGGGUGGUUUGUAAUAAGUUUGGUUGGAUGUUUAACUGGCAUCUACUCGGUGGAUUAAAGAGAACCCCAAGGGACCGUUUGAUCCGUUGUCCGAACUGAUGACAUUCCCACAUACAUUUGCGUAUGAUGCUUCUGUUUGUGGCUUUUCGUUAAUGAGGCAAGCUCUUAAGCAAACAAAUACUUCUUGCCAUUUUAACACAAUACUGUAGCAAUCGUUUUUCUUAUAAAGAAAUUAAUUACUUGCUGCCAUUCUUUUUGAAUAUCAAAAGGAAACGUUUUCUUUGGACAGUUUGUGUACAGUUUUUAUUUUUGUAUCAUGCUGGUUGGUGAUUGUGAUAUUGAAGAAUUGAUUACAAGACAAUAUAAAUAAUAGACUUAUCACUGCUUAUUUUGUAUAUAUUGUAAUGUCGGUCUGUACAUUUAAAAUCACUCAGAAUUUCUCAUUGUCACUGACCGCUUAUUAUGUUUAGUUGUAAUAAAUUGUACUUGAAUGGUUGAACUUUGCAGAAAAAAAACCCCUACACACUAUUUCCCUGACCCUUCUUUUUUUAAGAUUAGACAAAUCCCACAGUCGCUUUAUAUUAUAAUUUCAUUUGAGGGCAGCCUAAUCAUUUGUGAAUUCGAAAACCUGCACUUUAUUUUGGGUUGUAAGGUGGUUGGUCUAGGUUAAACAGUGUAUAGAUUUAUUGUUUUAAAGGGAUACAAUAACACUUGCACAAGCAAAGCACUUCUCAUGGCUUGAUCCCAAGCUUUUCAACCAUACCGGCACUCCCUCCCUGCAACCUGACAAAAAAUAAACUACUCUGCAGUAAUAAUCCACAUUGUAGGGGCUGGUAGUCAUGAGAUUUACAGUAGUUUGACUGAAGAUGUUUUUUCAAGGAACAGUCUGUGACAGACUGAUUUGACAAAGAUUGUGGCUUGAGUAGAAAAGGAUUUAUUUGUACUUUAAGUCACUUUCUUCUAAUGAGAAUCCUUUAUGGAAUGACUCUCUGGGCUUUAAAUAAUAUGUUACUUGUUAAUAAAUGAUGAUAAUAUUAUAAUGAGAUAAAAAAAAAACAACAACAUGAUUGUAAUAUUUGUAAAUGAUGUUGCUGUAAUGUGUAUAAUGUGUCCAAGUUAUUUUAUAUUAUAUUAUUUUUAUGAAAGGUUGUCCUCUAAGAGAACUGAGGUGUCAUUUUGUGAAUAAAAUGCAUUUAAUAAGCA